AUGGGGAAAGUCGGGUGGUCUGAUUUACCUGAAGAACUCGUCGAUGUAAUCGCCAAUCAUUCAUCUUCCAACAUUGAUCUCCUCCGUAUCCGUAGCAUCUGUAAACCCUGGCGUUCUGCUGUUGCACCAAAAAAGCGUUACCUCAACCGCUUUAAACGCAGCCUUGUUCGUAAGAGUGACCUCUUACCUAACACUUUCUUCCGUGUAACUCAAGCUUCGUCUUCAUGUCCUAACAAAGGAUGGCUGAUCAAAACCAGACAAGUCUCUGAAUCAAGUAAGAUUAAUCUCUUGUCUCCUCUCUCGAGCGAGCUCAUCACCCCUUACGACAAAACCCUAGACCUUUCGAAGUUCGGGGUUUCAGAGAUUCGUCAAUCUUACAACGUUCAAUUCUUGCACAAGCGAACUGAAAUAUACCGUGACUUGUCUAGAGUUGCUUUAGUAGACAAUCAUGUUUUCUUAGUGGACUAUACAGACAAGCAAAUCUUGUACUGCAAGCGUGGAGAAGAACGUAGUAUAUGGAGAAGAUAUGUUGAAGGUUUCUCGGACGUUAUAGUUCACAGGGGACAAGUUUAUGCUUUAGAUUUAAAAGGCGCAAUUUGGCGGAUUAGUUUAUAUGAUCUCAGUAUAUCUCAAUAUAGACCUUCAACUCCAGUGGAAUAUAUGUAUUACAAAAAAAGACAAGAGAUAAUAAAUCUAGUGGAAUAUUAUCAGGUCAAUAAUUGCAAAGACAAGAGACUUGUGGAGUAUUGUGGAGAUCUAUGCGUUGUUCAUAGUUUGUAUGGGAAAUUUCCCCUAAAGCGUAAAAUUGUUGAGAGGACAAUUGGUUUUAAGGUUUAUAAGAUGGACAAGGAGUUGGCUGAAUGGGUUGAGGUUAGUUGCUUGGAAGACAAGGCACUCAUUGUGGCUUCAGACGGUUGUUUUACGGUCUUAGCCUCCGAGUACCAUGGAUGUUUGGAGAAUGCUAUCUACUUUAGUGAUGAUGAAGAUGGGUAUAAUAGGAGAGGAGUGAAGGGUGAAGGUGUUAAAGUGUUUAAGCUUGAUGAUUGGAGUAUCAUCAAUAUGAUCGAUUCUUAUUCUAAGAGUUGUUUUAAGAUCUUUAAUCUUCCUUUUCUCUGA